AUGUCAACAUGUCCUGAUGCAAUUGAUAGAAGUACUGUACUUAUUGGUCUUUCUGAUAUUCCACCAGGUCGACCUUGGUCUGAUGAUUGCCAUCGAUCAUCUGCACCAACCGAAUGGCAAAUGUUUCAUGAUGUGAAUGCUACCGAAGAUUGGGAUGAUGAUAUUCGUGAACGACGCGCAAAAAAUGUGGCAAGCAGUGAACAGAUGAUGAUUUCAUCUUCGAUUCAAAUACCAUCAUCAACAUCUCUAUUAGCUAGUCAACUUUUAAAUGAGAAACAACAGAAAGAUGUUGAACAUCACAUAUAUAAUGCUGAAGAUGUAAAUCAAAAAACAACAACGAAUAUUUAUACACCUGUAACUGUCAUCAAACAAGCACAUGUUUUUAAAGAACAUGAUAAUGAUGGUUUAAUUCAUCCAGUCGAAACUGAUGAAAUCACGUGA